GAAACUUUACCGGCCAGAUCGAGUCAGUUUCUCAAUCCUGACAGAUAUGGUAACUCCGAUUGUGUGAUUGCUAGAAGGUUGCUAGCAUGGUUGCCUAGCCCAUCACAGAGACAAAAACAAAGAAGCAAACGGUGCGUGUUGCACUUCCUGCGGAAAGGUCGUCGGAGGCAACAGGGAAAGGCGAAGUGGGAAGAACAGCAUGGAGAACUGCCCUUAGAUCGUUAGAGGAUACCGUGCUACGAACAACGUUAUGGAGCAGAGUCUUGUUGACGAUAAGACUUUUGCGUCGCCCACUGACCUAGAGGAACGCAAAUGUUUGGAGGAAAAAAUUUACUGGACCAGACUGGAACUCCAAAGGACACGCUCCUUAUCUGCAGAUGCCGAUGAAACAAUCUGCAAGCUAACCGCGGCCGCACGCAGAGCGAUGCAAGAGAGGGACGAGCUGAGGAACCAAGGGGAGAUCCUACUGGCAGAGCUCCAGGCAAGAAGAAAGGCCCACACAAUGCUCGCAGGAAGAGACCUCUUCAAAUCUGCACCACCUGAUGCCUUCGGUGUCCACAGCUACAGCCGUGCUCUUCUCCCUGGCCGAUGCAAACCGUUCGCCGGGAUGCUGCAGGGGCGAGAUGCAGAUGCAGGAUGCAGCUACCGUUUUGCUGCUGCAUCCAGUGGUUUUGGGCACAAGAUUGCUGCUGCUGUGCCGUCCUCCCUCCAUGACUUGGCUUGCUCAACCCAGGAGGAUUCCUUUGACCCUGACAUGUUCCUGGUCGAUCCUUCAGAAUUGCCGCAGGAUUUCGCUCCAAACACGUCGAGCUCUGACCUGGGGGAUGAUAUGUGGCGCAUCAAUGAACAGGUGAACCUGCAAACGAAAGGUAAGUCGGCACAGGCCGUGCCUGAGCAUGUUAAGAAUGCUGGUUCGAUCAAGGUCCACUCUGCUGCCUCGUUUAAAGAGCAGCAUAGCGCUUAGAGAACAAACAAGCAGCAUCCACUCUUCGUUGGUGAGUGACCAGCCCCCCGUUGUUCACGAGCCAAGUGGUUUGGGUCUUGGAGUCUAAACUCUAAGCUUGAUGUAAGUGUUUUCCUUGUGCAUCGAGCUAAUGUGUGA